UGCGCGUGCUCUUUCAGCUUUCUGGCGAUAUGUGCGCGUGCUCCAUUCAGGUUCUUGGAUGAUGCUAGUGAUGAUGGCGGAAGAGGAACAGCCUUGAGUUCCCUCUCAGUUUUUAAAUUUAAUAAAAUAAACUGACAGAAAAACAUUCCCCUCCACCGUCUCCUUACCCGAGACAAUGGGGAACGAAGCCAGCCUCGAGGGAGGAGAACAACCUGGGGAACCAGGCUCCGCUGUCCCUAUGGCGGGAGGUCCGGGUACCAUUUCAGCACCAUCGGGCACUGGACAGCACAUCAAGCCCAGCAAUGGUGCUGCAGCUGGGGGUGGAGUGGCGGCCGGACCUGGAGCAGGCAUAAACAGGCCGGGUGGGAGACAAAACCAGACCGACCAGUUGCCUGGAUCGAGGCUGGGGACCCAACCUGGCUAUGGUGACAGCAGAGCAGGGGGUGGAGCUCGAGCGGAGCCCUACCGCUUGGCCACCCACGAGAGUCCCCGGCAGCAGACCCCCGCACAGGGCCAGGCCCAAGGGCCGGGCCAGAAGCCAGGUGCCGGCACGCAUGCCUCCAGGCGCAGCCUCCAGGUGGAUGUCAGCGGUGCCGGCCGCUCUGGCCGCUCUCCAUCUGUGUCUCCAGACCGGGGCAGCGCCCCCUCCUCUCCAUACUCCGUGCCACAGAUUGCGCCGAUGCCGAGAAGCAAGCUGUGCCCCGUGUGUAACACCACGGACCUCACAGCAUCCACUGACCCACCUAACUGCAACAACUGCACGCAGUGCCGGUCCCUAGUGUGCAACCAGUGUGGAUUCAACCCCAACCCACACCUCACAGAGGUCCAAGAAUGGCUCUGCUUGAACUGCCAGAUGCAGCGAGCUUUGGGGAUGGACAUGACCACCCCGCGCUCCAAGAGCCAGCAGCAGAUCCACUCUCCUUCUCACCAAACCAAACCAGACCCUAUGCCUCAAGCCCAGCCCAAACCCCAAGCCCAGGCUUCUCCAGCCUUGCCAAAGCAACCAGGCCAGACUCCCGUCCCUCAGCCUGGACCUCAAGGGGGGCCCGGUCCCCAUAGCAUGAGAUCCGACCCGUAUUCUCCACGUGGACCAGCCACUCAGACUCUAGCCCAGGCCAGGCAUGACCCCGCGACCCGUGGCCCACAGUCUGGGAUAGGUUCAAUGCCAGGCAUGGCUAAGGCACCUUCACAACCUGAUCUUUCUCGCUCCUCCCCCAUGCACCAACCGCAGACGGCUCGACCGAGCCAGAUCCGCAGUGCAGGGAGCUCCCCAGCCCGGCAGCCGGGGCCAUCCCAGGAGUCCCAGCAAGAUGGUCUGACUGGCAAGCUGUUUGGCUUUGGAGCAUCCCUUUUGAACCAGGCCAGUACCCUAAUGUCUGUGGACCCCACCCAAACGGUCCCGUCCCAGAAGUCUCCCGUCAGGACACCUCACAAGGUUGUCUUCAGUGACGCCAGCAAGACCCAAGACCCUGCAGCCAUGGCUGGGGCUGCUUCUGGCAAGAUCCCUCAGUUACAACCAGUCGGCCAGCACCCGAGCCCCCAGAAACUCCCCCAGCAGCAGACCCCACAGAAACUGCCCCAGCAACCAUUGCCCCAGCACUCAAGCCCCCAGAAACUGCCCCAGCAGCCAUUGUCUCAGCAGCAGACCCCACAGAAACUGCCCCAACAGCCAUUGUCUCAGCAGCAGACCCCACAGAAACUGCCCCACCAGCAAUUGCCUCAGCAACACACUCCACAGAAACUGCCCCAGCAACAGACCCCACAGAAACUGCCCCACCAGCCACUGCCCCAGCAACAGACUCCACAGAAACUGCCCCAGCAACAGACUCCACAGAAACUGCCCCAGCAACAGACCCCACAGAAACUGCCCCACCAGACAUUGCCCCCUCAGCCGAGCCCCCAGAAACUGCCCCAGCAGCCAUUGCCCCAGCAGCAGACUCCACAGAAAGCACCUCAUCAGCAGAGCCCACAGAAGAUGGUACACCAGCAGCAGAGUCCUCAGAAGCAGCAGCACCAUCAGCAGAAAGCCCAUCAGGAGAUGCCACCCAAGGCCAAGGAGCCAGAGAAGCCCAAAGUCAACUGCCCAUUGUGUAAGACCGAGCUGAACAUCGGCAGUGGGCACCCUCCCAACUACAAUUCCUGCACACAGUGCCACACACAGGUCUGCAACUUGUGUGGUUUCAACCCUACGCCGGACCUGGUGGAGAAGGAAGAAUGGCUCUGCUUGAAUUGUCAAAUGCAGAGAUUAAUGUCUGGUGGUCUGGGAGAUAUGCCACCUCCUGUUUCUCAGCUGCCGCCAAAGCAGCCGCCUGCAGGAUCACCUCGACAUCAGCCAGUGGCCAAUCAGCAGCAGAUGCAGCAGCCGUCACAGCAGAAACCCCCAACCCAGCAACAGCAGCAGCAGCAGCAGAAGCUUCCAGCUGCUUCAGGAAGUGGCCCGCUCCCCUCAGCAGUGAAGCAGCCUGCAGAGGCACGACAUGACACCACACCACACCAUGCCACACCUGCAGUCAAUGGAGAGGCUCAAAGACAGCCUAAGACCACAGAGAAGGACAAGGCUAUGCCAAAACAAGACAAAGAGGCUGUUGCUGUGACACCUUCCAAAGACAUCAAAUUGGCACCAAAGAAGGGGACACCAGAACAGAUCAUAACAGCACCUGUGGUCAAAGACAUGAAAAAAACAGAGUCUCAGAAGUCUAGGCAUCAUGAUGAGACCACUAAGUCCAGCACCCCGGAUCUUUCACGGAGUCCUCAGAGUCAGAGUGAUACAGGCUAUUCCUCUGAUGGGAUCUCCAGCUCUCAUAGUGAAAUCACAGGACUGAUCCAAGAAGAGGAGAUGAAGCUGAGUGAGAGGGGUAUUGGUGAGCAAAGCCCCCCGAGCCCAUCUGAGAUAACAAAGCUUGAGAGCUCCAUGCGACCUCUGCUGGAAUCAAAGUCCAUCUCUGAUCAGGAGCAGAAGAAGGAACGGGGGAAGCACCAACGUGACUCUAGGGAGGUUGAUGAUAAGAAGCAGCGUCCACGAUCUCUGUCCAUCACCCCAGAGGCAUAUGACUCAGACGAGGAGCUGGAAGACAUCCUUGAGGAGGAUGAGGACCCAAUUGACUGGGAGGACCAACAUGACCUCAGCGAAUGUCCAGGAGAGUCCUCAGAUGAUUUUAGCAGUAAACUGCGUCAUGACUACGUAGAAGAUAGUAGUGAAAGUGGUUUCUCUCCUAUACCUGGCAGGUCAAGAAAAUCAGAGAAAGAAAUGACAGAUGAAGAGUUCAUGAGGCGGCAGAUCUUGGAAAUGAGUGCUGAUGAGGACAUUAAUGAUGAAGAUGAUGAAGAAUAUAGUUACCAAAAACCAAAAAAGAUGCAUAAGCACAGUAGCGAUUCUGGGAGAGAGAAACGCAGACUCACACAUCACUCAAGCAGCUAUGAAGAGGACAGUAAAGGAGGUGAUGAUGGCUACCAGGGUGCUGGUGAAGAUGGAGAGGAAGAUAUUAUGUCCUCACAAGGAGGGUUACGCCGUUUCAAAACCAUUGAGUUGAACAACACAAGCAGCUACAGCCGUGAUAUGGAGCUUAGCAAUGAGAAUGACCUUAGCUUAGACCGUGAACCAGAACUGGAAAUGGAGAGUCUGACUGGCUCUCCUGAGGAACGAUCAAGAGGGGAAUAUUCUUCAACUCUUCCAGCAACUACACCAAGUUAUACAUCUGGUACGUCUCCAACAUCUGUGUCUUCCAUGGAGGAUGAUAGUGACAGCAGUCCCAGUCGUAGACAGAGGCUUGAGGAAGCCAAACAGCAGAGGAAAGCCCGGCAUCGGUCUCAUGGCCCACUUCUUCCAACCAUUGAAGAUUCAUCUGAGGAAGAUGAGCUGAGGGAAGAAGAGGAACUGUUACGAGAACAGGAAAAGAUGAGAGAAGUAGAGCAGCAGAGGAUUCGGAGCACUGCUCGAAAAACUAAAAGGGACAAGGAGGAGUUGAGAGCACAAAGACGUAGGGAACGAUCCAAGACACCUCCAAGUAACCUUUCCCCAAUUGAAGAUGCAUCUCCUACAGAAGAACUGAGACAGGCAGCUGAAAUGGAGGAACUUCACAGAUCUUCCUGCUCAGAAUACUCACCAUCUAUUGAUUCUGAGGCAGAAGGUUUUGAAAUGAUAGCUUCCAAACUGUAUAAGUCUGGGAGUGAGUAUAAUUUACCAACAUUUAUGUCACUCUACUCCCCAACUGAAAAACCCACUACUACCACCUCUUCUUCAUCCAGCAAGCCACUGAAAAGUGCUGAAGAGGUCUAUGAGGAAAUGAUGAGAAAGGCAGAGAUGCUGCAAAAACAGCAGAAGCAGCAAACACAAGUGAGACAAGGACAGCAAUAUGACAAUUCACAUCAGCAGGAGGAAUUAAGACAUGAGCAGGAACAGUAUGAGGAUGAAUAUGAUUACAACAAUCUUGAUCAAAGUGGCUAUGACAACAAUGUGUCUCAGACUGGUGACAUCUAUGAGGAGAUUCGUCAAACAUCUCAAAACAUCACAAAAAUGCACCAGUCUUCCACCCAUGAGCUAAAACAGCAGAAAGUAGAUCAAAUGGAAAUAGAUGACUCUUACCCAGACAAGCAGCUUUUAGAUACUGGUUCAGCUUUUGCUAAAUUACUUGAACAAAAUAAUGCCCUCCUAACUCCAGGGACUAGUCCAACUCAGCUUUCAGCACCUGUCUCAUUUGUCUCCACGGGAACAGAGACCAGUGUAACAGUAGUAAGAGGGAUUCCUGAUGUUCGAGUAACACAGCAUUUUUCAAAAGAAGGACAGAGAGAAAAAAUUAGGAGUCAAACUAAAAGCAGUGGUAUACCUGCUGUUGCAACCACCAUUGCUGCAUACGGAAGCUAUAUUAGAGAUACAGCAACUGUUUCCCAAACUGUAGUCAGUCAAACUGCAACCACAACACAAUAUAGUCGCCAGACAGUUACUCCCUCAAAUGUUUCCAGCAAAAUAGCAGAGAUAACUCAGGCCUACAGUCAGAGAGAAAGUGCUGGAAAAAGGGUUGCAGAAAACAGAGGUAUUCAAGCAACAUCCUCUGAUCGAGAAAAUGAAUCGCUAACAUCUAAAGUUUAUUCCUAUUUUAAAGGAUCAAGCCCUCCUCUUUCCCCAUCUGGCUCUCCUACACAGAGCCCUAAACGCUCUCCAUCCAGAACUGCAACAGCUGAGUUCUCUACACAAACAUUCAUUACUGCUAUGUCAGUGGCUCCUACUAGUCCUAGUGCCACAUCUCCUGUUACGGCACAAGGAACCCAGACACCACACAGAGUUUCACCACGCCUUUCUAGACAACAGUCCUCUCAAGAGUCUCCAUUUAUAGUAAUAACAUUAGGCUCAGAGCCAACCAGCCCUAGUAAGCCUGUAACUGUUAAUUCCUCGACUUCUCCCAUUUCAUCACCAACAAAGAGUCAUCAGCUAACAUUUCAUGCUUAUGCUGAAACAAGUCCCCCAGCAUCGCCACCUUACCAUUCUCCACAACACACCAUUUAUAAGACAAAGAUGGUGGAAAAAGUAAAUGCUGGCACAAGCAUGGUAACUACAGCAAGCACUUACAGUCGAGGAUCAUUGUCUAUGGAAAAUAUCUCCUUGUGUAGAAUUUCUACUGUUCCUGGAACUUCCAGAGUGGAACAAGGCCAAAUGUUACCUAGUAGCAGUUUAGUUGACUUGAGAACCAUAUCAAAACCAACUCCAGUAAUCAUGACAGAUCAGGGGAUGGAUUUAACAUCUUUGGCAACAGAAACACGCAAGUACUCCAUGGGUGUUGAUGGAAGCCCUAAUCAUAAUUGCACAGCUGUUCAACCACUUAUAAUGAACUUAAAUACCCAGGAACAUCCACAUGUUGGAGUGUCAACAGCUACAACAGUGAGUAUCACAGUCGCAGCCUCCAUGUUCAUAUCACAACCAAAGCAACCUGUCAUUUAUGGAGAUCCUCUUCAGAAUCGAGUAGACCUUGGCCAAGGAAUGGGUCCGGCAGUGUGUCUGGCUCAGAACAAGCCACCGGUAACUGAUCCUUCCAUCCCGAAGAUAGAUGCUAAAUUAGAAGACUUGAGCAUUCAGCAGCAACAACUGCUGAAACAGCAGCAAAAAUUGCAGCAGCAGCAACAGCAGCUAGAACAACAGCUACAGCAGCAUCAUCAGCAGCAGCAUCAGCUUCAGCAGCAGCAGCAGGCAGCAUCCUUUUCAAGAUUUAACCUUGCUAAUCAAGUUCAACCACUGAUUAAGAAAGAUUUGCUAGUGAGUCAGACUAGCACUACUAAGGCUGUGGUAAGUGCAAUUCCCAGGGCAUCCCCUCUUUCUGAUCAAGCUGCAACUGGCCUUUCUCAAGAUAUUUAUGGUGCUGGGACCUUGGACCUUAAGACUAAACACAAUGUCAUGAAUUUGUCUACGGUUAAACCUCAAGUUAUGAUGGUGCAAUUGGACAAUACUUCACGAGUGCCAAUGAGCCAACUGGUUAAAUCAGAAGAAACUGCAGAUGCAAUUGAUUUAACUGGUCAGAUCAAAGCAGACAAUCAGGUGGCUUGCUGUGAUGUUGUGUAUAGACUACCCUUUGGUGGAAGUUGUAGUGGAGGCCCCUUUACUCAGAAGCCAAAAGCAGCAGAGAAAACUCAGACAGCAGAAGCUGUGCAGAGUACCCAUCCUUCUUCAGAGUUAUAUGGGAAAAGAAUGCAAGAGUCUGGACCAGAAAACCUUCAAUAUGAUCAAUUGCCAUUGAAUGAGGGGUUACCACCAUCCAUUUCAGACACUAAUCUUUCAGAAACUGGAAUCCAUUACUACCAGACAAAGAAUGAUUCUAAUUUGCAAGGUUCUGCAGAAUUAGCUAUGGAUUUAAGCACUAUGAAACAAACUUAUGAAGGGGGUUACCUUGGCAUGGGUACGCAGUAUGGAUCCUACACAGAUCUUCGUCACCAGGGAGAUGUCACAGGUCAAUCCUUACCUAUACGGCGCUAUGGCUCCAUGUCAAACAUUAACACUGACUCCAGCUAUUCUUCACGUGAAAUUUCUGGUACCCAGGAAGCUAAUUUAGCCCAGUAUAGUGCCACUACUGCCAGAGAAAUCAGUCGAAUGUGUGCAGCUCUGAAUUCAAUGGACCAGUUUGGUGGGAGAUAUAGCAGUAAUCCAGAACUUUUGCAGUAUGGCUCUCCAAGGGGAGUUGGUCCUGAAGGUGCACUCAACCUGCAAGGCAUAGCAUCAAUAAGAGCCAGUUUGAUGUACGGUACCGACGGGAGGAAGACUAAUCAACCUUAUGUUAAUCUAGCAGGCAUAAGGCAAGCAGGCCUGAGAGCACUGCACCCAUCUUCAAUCAGGGCUGCAGAUGGCAUGAUAUACUCUACAAUUAACACCCCUAUUGCCUCUACCUUGCCAAUCACAACCCAGCCUGCAUCUGUACUACAGCCAAUGCUUAGAGGAGUUUACAGACCUUAUCCUGCAACUACUAUGACAGCUGUACCUUUAGCUAGUCUGACCAGAAUGCCUGUUGUAACUCCAAGGAUGCCUCUGUCCUCACAAAGGCCUUACCGAUAUCCUCCUCCUAACCGUUUCCCAAUUGCCACUGGACCUGUAACUGUACCAGCUACAAAUAUAGUUGAAGACACUCCUGUAUAUCUAGGAAAGCCAUCAGUGACUACUUCAGCAACUACUACAAUGGGAACUGCUGCUCCUCUUCAGGUUACUCAAACUGCAAGCCACUUAGGUGGACUUGCACCAAGUAUGCCUGCUACAUUAGUGCCAUCUGUGAUUCCAUCCGUUGUACCUACAAACCAACAACCACAACUACAUCACACAAUGCAACUUUCACAAUCACAAAUGCCAACUCAAAUGCUAGUACAGCAGCAAAUUCAACCUCAGGUUCAGCCACAAGUACCACCCCAGAUGCAACAACAAAUUAAAUUGCCAACUCAAUCUCCAGCUCAUCAUCAAAUGCCAAUACAUCCCCAAAUGCAAAGCCCAGCUCACUCUCAAAUGCUAACCCAAGCACACAUACAACAUCAAGCUCCACUCCCACAUCAAAGUCCACAUCCUCGAAUCCAACCUCAAACUCAACUUCCUACAGCUCUAACACAGCCCCAGACACAACCACAAACACAACUUCAAGCCCAAACCCAGUUGAUUACUCAAGCUGCAACAGCCCCUGGAACCACUGUUCUUAUCAGCAGCAGUAACCUCGAGAAAGAGAAGGAGGAGGAAAGGCUGCGUCGACAACAGGAGCAACUGCUGAAUAUAGAACGAGAGCGUGUGGAACUGGAAAAACUUCGCCAAAUACGUUUGCAGGAAGAGCUUGAAAGGGAGCGUUUGGAGCUACAGCGUCAUAGGGAGAAAGAACAAAUGUUAGUGCAGCGUGAAAUCCAAGAGCUGCAGACUAUCAAGCAGCAGGUCAUUCAGCAGCAACAAGCUGAGAGGGAGAACCAGUUAGUUAUGCAAAGGGAACAGUUAGCACAGCAAAAACAACAACUAGACCAGAUCCAGUCACUCCAGCAACAGCUUCAGCAACAGCUUGAGGAACAGAAAAGGCAGAAAACGGCCGCUGUCGCUGCAGCAGCUGUUCAAGGUGGAAUACAGGUGGUACCAGUAGCUGGGGAGGGUGCCCCUCAGGGAUUCACUAUUGACCAAACUGGCAGGAUAUUACAGCAAGACAUGCAGCCUGAGCUACAAAGGACCCAGAAUGGACAGUUCUGGCAACCUUGUGGAGAUGGCCCAGGUGUUCAAGGAUUGAUGCCUCCAAGGCCGUUGCCAAGUUCUGCUUCUGAGAUGUCACUGAGAAAUAAUGAAGAACUUCUCGAGACAAGAGCUAUGAAGAAAAGAAAUUCAAUGCCUCGCCUGAGGGAUGGGCUGGAAGGAGAAUCAAAUCAAUCUGUUGCGAAAAGGAUUGUUGACAGCUGUGUUCAGACUGAUGAUGAGGAUGGAGAAGAGAAAUUCUUAAUUUCACGACGGAGAAGGACCAGGAGAAGUGUGGACUGUAGUGUUCAAACUGAUGAUGAAGACAAAGCAGAGUGGGAACAGCCAGUCAGGCGCAGACGUUCUCGAUUUUCAAAGCAUACUGAGUCUACAGCCGACAGCAAGGCUGAAACCUCCAAAGUUGCAUCGUCAAGCAUCGCCAUCCAGACGAUUCGUGACUGUUCAUGUCAGACUGAAUCAGAGCAGCUAGGGAGAAUUUCACCUGCAAUCCAUAUUACUACACCUGACCCAAAAGUUGAAAUUGUGCAUUAUAUUUCUGCACCAGAAAGGACUCAGAAGGGGGAGAGUCUUGCUUGCCAGACUGAAACCGAUGCCCAAGCUCAAGUACUGAUCACACCUCAACUCACUGUACCCACCACCAUCAGCCCGUACUCCAGCAGUAUCCAAAUCAUUGGUUCUGGCACAGCAGACCCCCUUUCACCACGACAGCAAGGACUUAGUAAGUUUGAGAGAAGGAAGCCUGAUCCACUGGAAAUAACUUACCAGUCCCAUCAUCUGCACAAUGAGUCUCUCUCUGGCCUUGUACGUCAGGCUCCCAAGUCACCCCAGGUUCUGUACUCACCCGUCUCUCCACUUUCCCCUCAUCGACUGUUGGAAACUUCUCUGUCAUCAAGUGAGAGGCUCAACAAAGCCCAUGUCACACCUCAAAAGCAUUUCAUUUCUGAAUGUCCCCAACGUCACCAAACAUUGCCGAGGCCAAUAAAGACCGUACAGCGAUCAUUGUCAGACCCCAAACCUCUCAGCCCCACUUCAGAGGACACUGCUCGUGCCAGACUCUCCCUGUACCACCAACAAGCUCUGCAAAGCCAGAAAGAAAUUGUGUCACUGCAGAAAGAGAACAUCAGAGCCAAAUACGAAACAUUCAUAAGAAUGCAGUUCUUAUCACUUGCUGCCCUACAGCAGAGCUCACUGAUGCGGAAAGUGAAGAGAACACUGCCCAGCCCUCCGCCCGAGGAAAGCAACCUCCCCAUUGUUACCCAUGCCUUGCCUCAGAUGUAUAUGCCAACUCUGACUCAGAAAUUUGGGCCCAGACCAAUGAUGGCCACCAAGCCAAGCCUCCUGAAGGACCUCACACAUGAGCUGAAGGUGGUGGAACAGGAGUCCACUAAGCUGCGCAAGCAACAAGCAGAGCUGGAGGAGGAGGAGAAGGAGAUUGAUGCCAAGCUGCGGUACCUAGAGCUUGGCAUCACACAGCGCAAGGAGACACUUGUGAAAGAAAGAGAGAGGAGAGAGCUGGCCUAUAUCCGCUGCAUGGGUGAUACCCGGGAUUACAUGUCAGACAGUGAGCUGAACAAUAUCCGUAUUAUGGCUAGCACCUAUGAAGGUAAUGGGCUUCUUUCAAGACCGAGUACUGCCCCACUCAGUCAGUUCACUCCCGAUCUGAACACAGCACAGUAUCCCCCUACCUCAUCUUUCCUUACCUACCAAUACCCACAAAGUCAGUCAGCUCCACAGAUAACCCCAACCUAUCAGCAAACAGGAUUCCAGCCUCCACAAUACCCAACAGUUACACAAGCUCUUCCUCUUCCUCAGUCAAGUACCUUACAGACCCACCAACCUCCCCCAAAUUAUCAGGGCACAUUCCCACCUCCCAGCUUCCCCCAGAGUCAACCUAACUAUCAAACAGAUCUGGGUAUGCAACCACCCCACCUGGGAUUCCAGCCUCCUCCAGGCCCACCCCCAUACCCAUCACAGACCCUGCCAUACCCCACCCAAACAGGCUUCCAGACUGGCCAGUCUUUCCAACCACAAGCUGAAAUCCUUACCGUUCACCAGCGACCACGGCAGACCUCCUUAGCUGACUUAGAGCAGAAAAUUCCAACAAAUUAUGAGGUGAUCAGCAAUCCCACUGUAGUUGUCACCAACCUAACUCAAGAUACUACCUACACCUCCACAACUGUGACUAACACUUAUGGACAAUAUACCACUACUUUAACUAACACGUAUGGGCAAUAUUCCACAACUAUGUCUAAUAACUAUGGACAGUACACUACAACCUUAGCAAAUACUUAUGGACAGUAUAAUACAACUAUGUCCAACACUUACGGAUCAUACAAACCUCCAGAGACAACCUUGUCUGACCGGAUCCACUCAGUUGACAGUCCAUCAUCUGCCUAUACUUCAGAGGGUGUCUACUCUAACCUUGAGCAAAAUGUACCUCGAAAUUAUGUCAUGAUAGAUGACAUUAAUGAGCUGACGAAAGAGAGCAUGGCUCCAUCCUCAGAUAUGCACAAGACCGACACACUGCAAUCCCAUGGACACCCUACAAGUGCACGGUAUGGAAGUGAGAGCAUCUCCACAAGAACAAGCUCCUACGGCAGGACUGAGGAGGAGUCUGAGGAAGACCUGUAUGACCACCACAGCAGGGGUAAGAGCACCAGCAGCUACCACCAACGAGGUUCAGACAGUCAUGGCCGAAUGGGCAGCAGCAUGGGUGGGGGAAGCUCAUAUUACUAUGAUGACUACAAGCACUCUACACGUAGCAGCUCUGGCAUGGGAGUGCAGAAGCAUUCCUCUAAAAGUCUGGCUCCAGCUGUCAUGUCCUCCAAACGAAGCAAACACAGAAAACAAGGCAUGGAGCAGAAGAUCUCUAAAUUCUCUCCUAUUGAAGAGGCAAAAGAUGUUGAGUCUGAUCUGGCCUCAUAUACUAUAACUACUUCUACUGGUGGUAGCUGCACUGUUGUAUCUAGGGCUAAGAAGCUUCAGGACGAGAUCACUUAUGGGUUGAAGAAGAAUGUCUAUGAUCAACAAAAGUAUUAUGGCAUGUCCAGUCGUGAGGCACUUGAGGAAGAUGACCGCAUGUACAGCUCCGGACGGUCAAGAUCGACAGGCUACGGAAUGGACAAGAUAUCUUCGAGAGAUUCGGGCAACCAUAGGAGCAAGUCCUACGAGAGGGACACCGUGGAUCGCUCACACAGGGGUAGUCACAGCCGUGGCAGGCCCUCUAUGCGCUCCCAAACCUCAGAGGAGGAAAGCCCGCUCAGCCCUGUGGGGAAGCUCAUGGGCGUUGGACGAGGCUCAGUAGGGCCAGAGCCAGCUGACGCUCGGAAUCAGUACGGCUCUAGCCACUCCUUGCCUGAUGUGCAGGACCACAUGAAGGACCUGCCGAGGAGCCAUGUCUACAAACCAGAUGAUUCUUACAUUAUAGAUGAUAUGCAUUGUGCUGUGUCUGACAGCGAAGCCUAUCAUUUGGGACAGGAAGAAACAGACUGGUUUGAGAAGCCGCGGGAUGCUCGCUCUGACAGGUCCAGACACUACAGCAGUGGCCACUCAUCCUCGCAACGGAGAAACCAUGUCAAGCACACAUAUCACGACUAUGAUGAACCUCCUGAUGAGGAUCUCUGGCCACAAGAUGACUACGGUCACCCACGCCACUCAUCUCGGGACCACAGGCAUCACAGUGGCACCUCUGGGAGACAUUCCUCUUCUUCACGCCACUCUGAAGAACCCAGAUCCUCUAGGUCCUCUAAAGGACACAUGAAGGACCCCUCAGUACGCCAUGAUUCCCGGCAGGUGUCAUCCUCUUCUGGAAAAAGGGGUGGGACUGACUCCCGGUCUUCACAGGGCUACCACUCUUCAGAUUACCGUGAUCCAUCGACCCACCACCACUCCAGCCAGAGGUCCCAGAAGCAGCAAUCGUCCUCAUCCCCCCAUCAACAGACAUCCAGGAAACAGCAGGAUCUACAAUCCCACCCAUCCUCGUCAAGGCAGCAGGCAUCCAGCCAGCAGCAGCGGUCGUCUGGUGGGCCUCCAUCUAGCCGGCAGCCUGCCUCGCAGCAGCAGGAUGGUCUACAGCCCCAGGGGCAGCAGCAGCCACGCACCCAGCAGCAGCAGCAGCAGCAGCAGCAGCAGCAACAACAGCAGCAGCAACAGCAGCAGCAGCAGCCGCAGCAGCAGCAGCAACCGCCGCAGCCACAGACUUCAACAGCACGACAGCAACAGCCAGCUGGGCCAGCACAGCAACAAGCAACACAGGCUGCACAGAUGCAGGCCAAGCCUGGACAGGCUCAGGCUCGGCAGCCACAAACUGGGCCUCAGGCUGCCACUGCGGCUAAGACAGAAACAGCGCCCGUGUCUGGUAUAGGCUCCAAGCCGAUGUCUGCACAACCUGCAAAACCACCUCAGCAACCAUUGACUGGAAUAGGUUCUAAAGCUGCCCCUAGGACUGGAGGAAUAGGAAGCGCUGCAGCGGGGCAGGCGACCACCGACGGAGAGAGCGUCCUGUCCAAAAUCCUGCCGGGAGGAGCUGCCGAACAAGCGGGCAAACUGGGAGAAGCCGUGUCUGCUUUUGGCAAGAAGUUCACAUCCUUCUUCUGAGCUGCUGAGUGAACCGAUUUCUGGAGUGGUCGUGGAGAACAGAUCAAAUAUUUGUACUGGAAAAACCCAUGACGCAUCUGCAAUGUAUAUUUCAUUUAAAAGAAAAUGUUCUGACUACAAGACUAACCAGGUUUGGAAUCAAUGGAACCCUCAUUAGUGAUGAUCCAGGCAUCAACACACAACAGAAGAGACAAAGUGAUCAGAAACUCCCAGAGGUAUUCUAACUCAUGAAAGAGGGAAAUAACGGCAAAUUAAGCGUGGCUGGCCGUGGGAUCACUGAAGAGGCCGACCUUAUUGACAUAGAGGAGAAAAGGGAACUGGUCUGGAAGACCAUGUGGUAAUUCUGAGGACCCCAUCUUUACCCAAUAUUUUUGAGAAGGUUUCUGGAUGAGCUAUGGGUUAAAGAAAACUGUUCUAAGAAAGAGAUGUACUUGUAUUUUGACCAGAGCUUUGUAUAUAAACCUUGGAUGACCAAGGCCAGCCACCUCAAGGUUUGGAAAGAACUUCUUUAAAAGCACAGUUGGAAAAGUCUGGGUUCGGAUAAUGAAAAUAUAUAAAUGUUUCACUAUGUCGAUGUGUGAGAUGCCACCUCAGAGGGAUUACAUCACAAACUGGGGAUCCUUAAUUCCAAACACUUGUGCUCAGAAAACAAGCCACAAUAUCCACUUGUUCUAUAAAAAUGCUUCAUGGGUUUUUCCUGUACUAAAGGAAUUUUUUCUUCAGAUAAUAAUAUUUGGCAGGUAUUGUGAGGAAAUUAUUACAAUGACAACAAAAUAUCCCUGUUGUCCUCUUUGGUUUUGAUAUCUUUACAUUCCAGUAUGGAAACAUCAUUUUUGAAUGCAGACUUUUUCCUUGGAAUGUGUCCAGAAGAGGAUUUAUGAUUAGAAUGCAUGUGAAUUUCUAUCCAAGACCUACCACUGUUCAUCAUUAAAAUUAAGGAGGCCAUAUGACAUUUAAAAAAAAAAAAACGAGAGAAGAUAUAUAAUAUUUAAAAGAAAGAUCAGAAGCAAGACCAAUCAAGCCACAUCACUGAAGACUUCUCUGAGGUUAGGGAAGCCCUCAGGAGUCAAUGUGGUCCAGGCUACGUUUGAGCAAUUGCAAAGCCAUUGUGAAAUCACCAGGAAUUGCUGGGUUUUUGAUGUUUUAUAUUAUUUAUUUUUAUUAUUUAUAUUUCAUCUUUAAAUGUAUUUUCUUGAUUUUGCAUCAUGAAAGACACAGCCUUAAUAGUGUUUUGUUUUGCUUAUAUACCUCACAUUUUUUAUCCGUAUAGCCUUUUUUAAUUUCUUUACACACUGUAUGCUAUAUAUGUAUGUAAUUUUUCCAGCUGAAGUACAGUUUUAAAUAUUAAUAUUUUGUUUAGUGUGUAUUUUACACUUUUGUAUUGUUUUUUUAUUUGUUGUUCUUAUCGUAAUUGCCAUAAUUAUUCAUAAUACAAUUUUUAUUUUCCAAAAAAAGCAAUAGCAUGCAGAAGACAGUAUGUUAAAAGCACAAUCUUGUGUUGUUUCAGAACAAGGGGUCAGGAAUGUGUUGCCUCUUAUCUCUGUAAUGGACUAAUGCAUCACAAAAAGACUGUCAGUCUUCACUGCAACAAAACAGAAAGGAGUGAAUACAGCUGAACCAUAUUCAUGAUGCAGGGAGUCUAUGCUAAUCGCUCUUUAGAAAAUAAGUUAUAAGCAUGCAAGAAUAAUGGGGAAAGGGAGAAAAGAAAGACUGAUAUGGGGGAAAAAACCUUUCUGCAUGAGGCAAUGAAAGCAAAAGACUAGAAAAUGAGACACUAUGGGCAUAUUUUACAUAUAUAGUGUGCCUUCAUGUCUUGAGUUACAUAGAUAAACAUAGAUACAUACAAGUAGAGUACCAUGUGGGAGGCUGUAACGAAUACUACCAAAUAAGUAAACGAAGACCAUGGCCAUUCUGUUAAUUACAAAGGGGCCCUCACACUGUGCUAUGCAUAUGAGAUAAUCAUGAAUUACAUCUGUGUCAUUGGCCAUUCCACAGACGAUGCAGAUAGACUGUGUGGUUUCAACACUUGCAAAUGUUAGAAGAGCACUAAAAAAAACUCAAGGAAUGAAUAGCAACAGGUAAUUUCCACUGCAUGGAAUCCAACUCAACAUUGCAUCAUUUAGAUUCCUCGAGGAAGGAAAUUCCACAAAGAGCAUAGCACAAGGUGCAGUAUAAGACAUGAGCUUUAGUCACUGAAACUCUGGGAUGCCAGAAACUCUACUGGAGCCAGUCAUGAUUUUGACAGUUGCCAGAAAAACCUCUCAGGUCAGUUUGCCCCCUGCUGUUUUGUUGCAGUGUUACAGACAUCCUGGCCCAGCCUGACCCCACUCAAACCCUAAAUUUGAUAUAUAUUGUCUUUCUGUAGUUGCUGAAGUUAAGCAUGCUCUGGUGACACGUCAUAUCCCACGUGUUUAUCUGUUUCCUGUAUGUUGGCUUCCAACCAUCCCAGAUCAGAACAAGCAGACAAACGAGUAAAAAUGGUGGUCAGAAGUAAUAUUUUCAUUUAAAAUGUUCUAUGCAAUGAUUCAUAUUAAAAGAUAUAAAGGCAAAAAAAUCAAUACCACUAUCAUUGUUAUGUCUGAAAAUACAGCAGCAUUGCGUUGCUGAGGAAUAAAAAUGGGUAGAGUCGUUUGUAUUUAGCUGUUUGUAUGUAAUUUAAUAAUUGGAUUAAGUAUUUUAUUUUAGUGGCAUGUUUGACCCCCUAUUCCUUGAUGUGGGAUAACUUUGGCAAAGGGUUAACUAUGUAGAAUCAUGUUUGUCCUUCAUCUCGUAGCUUAAAGCAUGGGUUGUUAGGCACAGUAAAACUUUUUGCACGCCCUUGUUCAUUUUAGUGUUUGCAGGGUGUUCUAUUCUCUGUAGCACUCGGCUGCCAGUUUAUGCACUUGUUAUUCACAAAAAAUAUGAAACGAUAAUACAGGACAGCUAUUUAAGGCAUCGUUAAGGAACAAACAGAAGCCACUGUAAGCGUGCUAAACAGUUGUUUGGGCGUUUUCUGAUUGAAAUAAAUUUAAGUUGAUGAGACUCAUAGAAAAGCUAAUGUAGUCGAUAAAUAUUUCUGUGUUAGCUGGGGAGUAAUAUAAGUGUUUAUAUGAAAUAUUUAUUUGUGUACCAGCAGUAACAGGAUUUUUGUGAAACAUACAGUACCUUCAAAAUAAAUGUACUCUACAAGUGAAUUUUGCAAGACUGUAACUAUAUAAGCCUGUUUUACGUUUAAUUUGGAAAUUCAAAUGAUAACCUUGAUAAACUAACAAUGUACUUAGUUAUUAAGGGCAUAUUUGCUAAGUGGAGUUUGAAUUUCAUUCUGGUUACAUAAGUUAGCUAUUGUGUUACAUAAGUUAAGAGUAAAGACAGUUGAUCCAAUAUGCCAUAUAUCAUUUUUUAUGCUCUCCAUUACUAUCUAUGUAUCCAUGAUUUUCCAUACAAUAAUUUUAGCAUCCUGGUUUUCAUACACCACCAUUUUAUAUUUAAAUAAUUCUAAAUGUAUCCACAAUCCAAAUGAAAAAUGUAGUUCAUUUGUAAUAAUCUAGUCAAAAAUACACUCAGCAUAAAAUUAGAUAAUUAAGACCUCAUUUAAAAAGAGAGAAUUGUCCAUGGUCGAAGUUAUUUGUAUUCCUUUCUAUUAACAUAACCUAGAUUCUUAGAUAAUUUUCAUUCAAUUUAGUCACAGAAAAAAAUAAGAUAUAUAACAGCUGUAUUUAUAAAUUGUGACAGACCUGCAAUCGGCUGGUUUGCAAGACCAGGGGCAAACAUAGAUACUGCAGUAUGUAAGUAAUUUGAUGCCUGUUGGAGAGAAGAUCAGUUCCACACCUGAAUCUUUAUCAAUUACUGAAAGUUUUCCUAAGGACAAAAAAAAGGUAUCCAACCACUUUGGUCACAACCAUUGGCCCUUUAGUGACUACAGGGAAUGCCAUAAGAAUUAAGCUGUAUUACUUGCAAUUUUCAGUGUAUUUAUUUGCAGUAAAUGAUAACAGCUAAAACAGGACACUCCUCAUUGUUUUGACUAAUGUGACAGUCAUAGCAAAUGUGACUAUGCAAUCUUAAACUGGGAUAAGGAGCAAUUGUUCAUGUAUGCCUUAGGAAUGAAAUGGUUAAUUAGUUUGACAAAGAAGGAUUCACAUUUGCAUAUCGUGAAAUGGCUUAUGAUGUGAUGGAGAUAAUACAAUUUACCAUAAAUUACUCUGUUACAUGCACAAAAUUACACUGAUACCUUCACCUCAUGUGUGAAGUUGGGGGAAACAUAUGUGUGCAAAUAUGUAUAAAUGUCUGCGUGUUUGUAUAUAAUUUAUAUAUUUAGGAGGUAUCUAAAAAGUAAUAUAUGAGUAUAUAAUUUAAAAGUAAAUUUUAAUGAAGUAUAUAUAUAUGGUAUAGUACUAUUGUUAUGGAAUAUAUAAACAGAAAUUACAUCUAUAUUUUGUUCAUUGGUGGCACAUUUUCCCUCUGAGUGUGUGAAACUUCAUCUUUUACACCUCAUUUGAUUAAUAUAUUAUGAGAGGUUUUCAACACCUUCAGUCAAUGUGCAACAGACUGAGAAACUUACUGAUAUCUGCCGUUGAUAUAAUUUCAGCUGGCUCACUAGAUACAUAAUAAUAAUUCUUCAUUCAGAUGGUGAAUGAGAGUUAGAAAAGGUUAUAUUAUCUUAAUUAUCAGUAAAAGAAGUCAAUAUUUUGUCUGCAGAAGUUUAUAAUCUUAUUGCUAUUUUGUCUCAGGAAAGCACAUUUGAGGGGAUUUUAUGCAUAAAAGUAAGGGCUUAUUACAAACCGGUCAUUCAAGAAAGCCAUCUAGAUAGAUUACCUUACAGUCCUACUUUGGAUUGUAUGGAUUUCUGAUGACAAUGUUUGCCAAAACAGGCAAUGUGUCUUUUAUGCCAACCAAAAAUGUGCAUUUAAUUAGCAUACUAACUGUUAGAACUGUGAUGACUUCAUUUGCUGGUGUAUAUGUGGGGUCUUUGUGUAUAUCGAGACAGAGAGUGAAAGGCCAGAUAAUUAGGAAAGGGGGACCCAGUGCUUCAGAUUGCUACAAAUACCACCACCUAUAAAGACAACAGCCAGGGAACCAUAACUGAUCUACGUAAUAACAAGUGCAUGACCAGAAGCAGCCGCCAGCUCUUUAGCCCUUUAUUGAGAAUGACAAGCAACCAUCUUCACUGUAAAUAUCAAAUACUAUGAACUAUAAAGAAUUCUGUACAAUGUGUAAAUCUCAUGAGUAAAACGAUCGCUGGCAUGGGGUGUCUCAUGUCCCACACUGGCCAACCUGCCAGUUUGUGCUUUUGUGUACAAAAGAAACAUACAAAUCAAAAAGCAUUGUGAAUGUGGCUGGCUCGUAUGGACUGUUGAUAACAAGUUGUAACCAGAAACAUAUUGGUCUCUGUAGAGUUUCUAUACAUGUUGUGUUUGUAAUAUGAAAACCUUCAUAACGUUACCUUGGCUUCCAUGUAAUUUCUGAAAUGGGUGGAGGUGGAUGUGGAUAUGUAAAAAUAAAUUAUAAUAAUUGAAAAACAAGAUGAAAAAAUAAUUUUGUUUUAAAAAGUUACAUUCACUGUUGUAAGUGCAAUGAGCUAAACUCCAUGUAUCCAUUGUAAAACCUUGUGUAUGUGUCAGUGUAUUCCUGUAAACAGUUGUAGUAAACUUGGUGCAUCAUGUCAUGUAAUGUGAUAACUGAAAAAAGACCUGAUGAGUCAUUUCCAUCCAGGAAAAAAUAAAGAAAAAUAUGUUGA